AUGGCAAUGUGUUUCAACUGUUCCUACGACAUGUAUUAUCAAAAUCGCGCACUGGAGUGGGAUGAGCCGCUAUGGCAUUGGACCGAGAAUGUGGGCCGAUACGAUCCCGAUGAACUCGACGGCCCCCCCAACGACAGACAUUACGUGGAUGAUCUGGAAGAUAGCUCGGGUAGUGAUGAGAAAGACCGUGUCGGCAGUGAUGAUGAAAUUGGGAGGAUGGGGGAUUAUUGCUCAUAUGGAAGUCCCAGUGCCCUACCCGGAAUCCUCCUUCUUUGCCGCCAAAUUUAUGACGAAGUCACUGCCGUGCUUUAUGGUGGCAACACUUUCGAGGUUAUACUUCAUGGUGACGGUCAAUCCGACCUCGCGAGAUUAUUUAAUCCGGAAUUGAGGAAGAAAAUGCGGAAAAUACUCUUAGUCCUACGGCCCAUGGGAGUUUCCUACCAACCCAGCUUCCGUAUGGACCCUAGCAUAUGGACUGACGUUUUCGAUGGCCUUGUGAUACUGGGAAUAAUUGCUGAGCAGCCCGAACCUCCAACUUCAUAUCAGUGGCCCCAAAUUGACCCAGGUGAAUUUGAGGAGUGGAAGACCUGGUUAACCUCGAUAAUGGAAUAUCUUACCCACGCUGUCCCCGACACAGCGCGGAUUGUGGUGGAUGCCAACAGAGAAGGAGACACAGAAGACAUUAUAAGAAGAUUUAUGCCAGAGCGAUGCCAAUUUCAAUGCCUGCGAGCAGCGGACUUUAUAUUUAAGAGAGGGGCCUAUUCUCUGGAGUCAGGAUAUUGGGACGAUGAUGGCCCGACCAGUUGUAGGGAUAUCAUCAACGACUGUGACUACGAUUAUUACUACUCUGACUAA